AUGCGUGUCUUUGUUACGGGCUCGACCGGGUUCGUCGGCACGGCUGUUGUUAAAGAGUUACUCUCCGCAGGUCAUCGGGUUCUCGGUCUGACUCGUAGCAACAAGGGAGUUGAACAACUGAGGAGUCUAGGCGCUGAAGCCCUAUUCGGUACCAUCCAAGACAUCGAGAUUCUGCAGAAGGGCGCCUUUGAAUGCGAUGCUGUGAUUCAUCUGGCAUUCAUUCACGACUUUGCCGAUUUCAUGGGCGCUUGUGCUACUGAUAGAGCCGCUAUCACUGCAAUGGGCUCUGUUCUAGCCGCUGCAAAAGGUGACCGUGCUCUGGUCAUAACAUCAGGAACCAUGGUGCUGGCACGCAGUAAGCUUGGCAAAGAGGACGAUGGGCCAGAUGUGUCAAUCCCCUUGGGUGCGGCCCGUGGUGCAUCAGAGGCGGUAUGUCUAGACUUCGCAAAGCAAGGAGUGCGUGCUAGUGUUGUUCGUCUACCACCCACAACCCAUGGACCUGGUGUCUCUGGCUUCUCAGGCCCGUUCGUCACCGUCGCCCUCCAGAAAGGUGUCUCAGCCUACGUCGGCGACGGUCAGAACUGCUGGUGUGCUGGUCAUCGUGACGAUGCGGCCAAGUUGUACCGGCUAGCCGUGGAGAAGGGAAAGGCCGGGUCCGUGUACCAUGCGGUGGCGGAGGAGAGUGUCGCGGUGAAGGAUGUUGCUACCGAGGUAGGGAAGCAAUUAGACAUUCCUGUUGUCAGCAUCACGCCGGAGGAGGUAAAUGAUCAUUUUGGCUGGUUCCACUUCGGCGCUGUGGCCGAUAAUACGGCAUCCAGCGUAAACACAAGGGCUGAAUUGGGGUGGACUCCCAGUGGUGCGACAUUGUUGGAGGAUAUUCCGAUCAUUGUUGACUUUAUUAAAGCACAAGUGGCAUAA